CGCGAAGACGACCCUUGUUCGCAUUGCCCUUGUGUUGUUUUGUCGGCCUUUUCGUUCUCCCGUACCUAAGUUGGUGCGUAAGAUGUCUCUUCGGCGCGUCAGCGUUAUCGGGUCGGGAAACUGGGGUUCUACCAUUGCGAAGAUUGUCGGUUGUAACAUACAGAAAUGUCCCGGAUUCGAGAUGGAAGUUCGUAUGUGGGUAUUUGAGGAAAUGAUUAACGACAAGAAGCUCACCGAAAUCAUAAACGAAAAACAUGAAAAUACCAAAUACCUGCCGGGUGUCAGAUUACCUUGCAAUGUGGUGGCCACUCCAGAUCUGCUUCACGCCACGCAAGACGCUGAUGUCCUCAUAUUCGUCUUGCCGCAUCAGUUUCUACAGCGGGUUUGUCACCAAAUGAAGCCAGCCUUAAAACAGGGAGUCUAUGGCGUGUCAUUAAUGAAGGGUUUGGCUCUUAGUGAGAACGGAUGCAUCAGGUUGUUGACUGAUCUGAUCCGGGAGCAACUAUCAAUACCAUGCGCUGUUAUGAUGGGCGCAAACCUGGCUUCCGAGGUUUCUCAAGAAUACUACUGUGAAGCGACCAUCGCAGCUGCAACCCUUGACAUGGGUCGUGAGCUGAAACAACUAUUCCAGACCGACUACUUCCGGAUUGUGGUUAUCCAGGAUGAAGUGGGCACUGAACUCUGUGGUGCGUUGAAGAACAUUGUUGCCGUGGGCGCUGGAAUUACCGAAGGUCUAGGUUACGGUGAUAACACUAAGGCCGCCGUGAUUCGUCUCGGUUUUAUGGAAAUGAAAUCAUUUAUCUACGAGUUCUUCGGUGACAGAAAUCCACAAGAAAGUACCUUUUUGGAGAGCUGUGGUGUUGCUGAUCUGAUCACAACGUGUUAUGGAGGUCGAAAUAAACGCAUGGGUUAUGCACUGGCCACAACAAAUGAACCUCUGGAUGAACUGGAGCGGGAACAAUUGGGGGGUCAAAGUGCUCAAGGUCCAUUAACGGCAUACGAGGUAUACAACAUGCUGAAGUCGCGUGACCUGCUUUCCAAAUACCCAUUGUUCACUGCUGUCCAUAGAAUUUGCACACGCGAAAUGCCGGCCAGCGAGUUUCUCAGUUGUUUGGCAAACCAUCCGGAACACCGAUGAACUCAAGAACUGUUCUUGUAGAACCGAGUUUCUCCAUGGCUCAAUCGUCUUGCACGCCUUCAUCAGGAUCUUCUUCGUCGAUAACGCUAGCAUCCUAUUUUUGUUUUACACACCCGAAGGAAACAUGUAACACUAGUCGAUUUGUUGAUACGCUCGACCUUUUACCGAGCACCGAACCUUACGCCUGAACAUUUGAUGAUUUGGUCAGCAUUGGUAGUUUUUUCUGACAUGCAUUCGGUAGAUCCGUUGUUAUUCUAUUCAUAAGAGAGAAGUAAAUUGUAUCCUCUCCUGAUUUGUGUAUAAGUACGAUUUCCAAGAUUCCCGCG